AUGGCACUCACUCCCAUGGUCGAGGAAUUGCUUGCCUACACACGCAAGUAUGACGCUUUUGUAGCCAACGGCAAGCAGUUCCCCAGUUCCCGUGAGGAGGACGAGGACUAUGUCAACACCCGGCAGGCCAUCAUUGACGGUUCGCUGCGGCUCCGCAUGGCGGACAUGACGGUCGACCAAUGCCUGCAUCAGUACCUGACCAAGGCCUACGACGUUGCCGUCAUGAGGGCGCUCACCGACCUCAACCUGGCCCAGCAUGUCCCGGACGAGGGCAUAACGUUUGCGGACCUCUCUCGGACGGUGGGCAUCCACGAGCGCGCCCUGGCCAAGAUUGUGAGGACUGCCAUCUGCCAAGGCGUGUACUGCGAGCCCGAGCCCGGGCUUGUCAAGCACACGCAGGUGUCCAAGCUGUUUGCCCUCCCGGGCAUUCAAUCUCUGUGCCGCUUCACCAUCGAGACGGUCCUCCCGUCGAUGGAAAAGCUGGUCGAGGCCUCCAGGGGGUGGAAGGGCGACCAGGACCCGCCGCAGUCGGCGUUUGACCUCGCACACAACAAGGACGGGUCCAUGACCAACUUCCCCGACGAGGCCUGCUUCAAAGCCAUCAUGAGCCCCGCCGACGCCAAGGGCCUCGCCUCGUAUCCCCUCUGGCAGGAGCUGGACAAGCCGGGCGCGGUCUUUGUCGACGUCGGCGGCAACCACGGCUACGGAUCGCUCGCCAUCGCCAAGGCCACGAAGCAUCUGCGUUUUGUCGUCGAGGACAUGCCGGCUCUUGUGGAGCGCGCCCAGAGCCAGGAGUCGCAGCCGGGGGGUGUGUUGGUGGAUGGCGACGCCGGCCACCGCAUCGAACUAAAGGCGUACGACAUGUUCUCCGGCCCCCAGCCGGUGCGGCAGGCCGAUGUGUACUUUUUCCGAGCCGUCUUUCACAACUGGUCGGAUGUCAAGUGCAAAGACAUCCUGCAGAACCUCAUGCCUGCGCUCAAGGCGGGCAGCCGAAUCAUAAUAUGCGACAUGGUACUGCCUGAGCGUUGCGAGGUAGCCGACGAGCAGCACUACUCUCGCAUCUCGGAUUUGACCAUGUUUGCCCUGCACAAUGCCUGUGAGCGCAGCGCCCAGGAAUGGAAGGCCUUGUUCACCACUGUUGACCCGAGGUUCUGCAUCAAGGAAAUGUAUCCAGUAUGGCCUGGCUCUUACCAAAAGUUUAUCCACGUCACCUUGGAAUCUUGA